CUCGGUGAAAGUGCAUUAUCUGCUUUGUAUUUUACGGCGUUUAUUUAUAAUUCUGCGAUUAAUGCGAUACAUUUGCCGAAAUGAUGCAAGUUACAGCAAGAGACCUUUUUAGAAGUCUUUUGGAAGAGCAACCAAGUGGUAAACCAAAAAUAGACAGACACAUUUUCGCCACCGAGGUCAUGCUCCACUUCGAGGAAGGCACAUUGAGUAAUGCAAUUGUAAAAGAAAAAGUAAGUAUGGCACAAAGAAAUGGUGCCAGAAGAUUGGAAGAAGGGACUUAUCAUAAAGCUCGCAAAGAAAGGAGACCUGACAAGUUGCGGCAACUGGAGAGGGAUCACAUUGAUAUCAGUUGUAGCAAAGGUUAUGGGCAGAGUGAUAAUUAAAAGGAUUGCACGAGGAGUUGACAAGAAACUGAGAAGCGAGCAAGCAGCUUUUCGCAGAGGAAAAAGCACAACACAGCAGAUAUUUGUCCUGAGAAACAUUGUAGAGCAGGCAAUGGAAUGGAAUGCCAACAUAUACACUUCUUGUUAACAUGGGCCAAUUUCCUCUAAAAAUUGCACAUUUUAGGGAGUUUUGAUCAAUUUCAACGAAAUUAGAAUUAAAAACACCGAGAGACAAGGGGAAAAUAUCCAUCUUUG